AUGGCGUUUUUCUUGGAUUUUGUGGCAGUUUCAGAAACAAUCGGUGCAAUACUCUCAUUAAUAACAAAUUCCAUUCUUCUUACUUUGUUGUUAUCCUAUAAACACAACAAACUUGGAACUUACAAAUAUCUAAUGAUAAGUUGUUGUUUUGUUCAAAUGAUUUAUUCAACAACAAAUUUUUCGUCACACAUGGUAAGUUUCGAAGAAUGUUUUUUAAUAAUUAAAUGUUUUGUCUAGCGAGCACAUAGUACAAAUGCAUCCUACGUGCUAUUUCGUGAAUAUAAGGGUUCAAAUCGGAAGUUUGCUCCUUUUCUUCUAUGUGAGUUGUUUUAUUUGAAAUUAUAGUUCAUUUUGAGAUGGGAUAGUAAUUUUUCAGUACAAUUUUGUUGGAUGUAUACAACUCAGAUUGCGAUUCUUUGCAUUCAUUUUUUCUAUCGAUACAUCUCUUUGUGGCAGUAAGUUAUUUUACGCUUGGAUGAUGAACUUUGAAAUUAAAAAAUUUAUUAUUUUUAUACUGAAAGUACUUUUUAGAAAUAAUACAAACUACCGGAAAUUAGAAAAAGGAGCAAAGCGUAUUUUAAGUACGAAUCUUCACUGUACUCAUUAACCCGGACCAAAUAUCAGAUUUUUAAGCACUUCCAAGCUUCAUUGGUUCGAUAGAAAACGUUUGUAUUUAUGGAUCGCAUUGGCUGUUUUCUUUGGUUUUUCGAUUGUUGUUCUCAAAUACACAUUUCUUGGAGAAAACGACUAUCUCACUGAACAUCUACGAUACGAUUUUGCAAAAUCUUAUGGUUUGAGAAUGGAAGAAGUUGUAUAUAAUGGUCCGAUUUUCUACCAAGGAUUAGAAAAUAAGAAACCAAUUGGUGUUUGGGUAACAAUUGGGAUAUUAAUGUUCGGAAUGAUGACGUGCUAUACAUCAAUGUUAUUCUUUGGAAUAAUGUCCUACAUCAAACUUAAACAUCGCAAAACGAUGUUUACAAUGAGUGAGAAAACGAGAUAUCUCCAGAAACAAUUAUUGAUUGCUCUGAUGAUUCAAGCAACCAUUCCAAGCCUACUCAUUUAUAUACCAGCAGAACUGCUUUUCAUUUCUCCUGUUUUCAAGUUAGGAUUGGGUCCCCUGGCUAAUAUUUCAAUGUGCUGUUUGGCAAUCUAUCCACCAUUUGACCAAUUUGGGGUAAUUUAUAUAAUCAAAGAUUUCCGAACUACUUUGAAAACAUUUGUCAUUAAAAGUUGGACAAAAUCAACAAUUUCCUCAUAA